CUAGAUGGAGAGAACGGUUUUAGUUAUACGAGAAUUUGAUAGAUCGAGGGAGCAGACUKAGCAGUCUCUCUGUUGCGUUUGAUUGAAGUAGUUUUGGUUGGACCGUCGGAAAGGGUAGUUUGCAACUUGCAAGUUUUGGCGGGAAAGAGGAUGAGUUCGUCGGCGGUAGAAACAGACACGCCUGACCUGGUGUGUCAGCUGGACAACGUCCAAGGAAUGGUGGACGCCCUCAGCUGCGUUAGAUGGAAGAGACAGCAGGACGCGGUYGUGGAAUUGUCGGAGCACGGCGUGGUUUUGAUUGUCGAAGAAACCGGUUGCCUUCAGGCCAAAGUCUAUCUGAAGCGUGAACUUUUUCUUAGUUAUGAAUACAGUGCUGAGGGUCGCCCUAGAUUUGGAGUAAGCCUGAGCCUUUUUGUUGAUUGCCUAAACACAUUUUCUGUUCCUGGACAUUUAAGCACGAUCGAGAUUCGGUAUCCAGGACCAGACAUGCAGCUCCUUCUCAAGUCAAUUGAUUCACCAGAUGCUUGCAUUUAUGCGGAGAUAAGAACCAGGAUCCCGGAUACAAUUUCUUGGGACUACAACUUUGAACCUGCAGGAAGGACCCCACUUAGUUUUACCGUUAAGUCUGCAGCUCUUAAGGAGGCUAUUGAUGAUCUUGAGUGGCCAGGCUCAAGCAUCCAGAUAGUUGUACAACCAGAUCCCCCCUCUGUUACCUUUAAAGGUGAAGGCCAUGGAGACUUACAGAUAGAUUUCAUGUACUAUGCAAAUACUGAUCUUUUGAUUGCAUUCCAUUGUGAUCGCCGUGUAUGCUACAGGUAUAAGUACAAGUUCCUUCGUGCAACAACCUCGAACAUUCCUAGCAGUGUCAUAAAGGAUAGCAGAGGAAGCAAAUUGACUAUUGGUAGAGGUGGAAUGCUGAAAGUGCAGCACCUGGUCUCAGUUGUAAGAUCCACUCAACACUCACAUAAUGAUUCUGCUGGCUAUCAACAACCUAGUAGGAUUGCUUAUAUUGAGUUCUAUGUCAAACCAGAGGAAACUGAAGAUCCUGUGAAUGAUUCAUAAGGCAUGUUAUAUAUCAGAUUAUGAAAUGUUUAAUCUAAUACUGGGUACUACAAAGUUUUGCAAACUACUAAUGAAGGGUCAUUUUCUAGGUU